GGUGCAAGUAUCAGUUGGACUUUGAAUUCUGUUCGAGCCGGUUCUGUUUUGUUUGCAACAGCGCCACGAUGGGAUUCGCUGGGCGGUUUGUCUUGGUGACGUUCACCCUGCUAGUAGGAGUGCUGUUCAAGGUUUUCCAGGAUCUAUCGGCCCCAGCUGCAAUUCCGGCCAUAGACUACCAGGAAUACUGGGGUCCUGGAGAUGUGAAAAACAACAAGGAAAAUGUUGAAGUGAAAUCAUUUGAGUUGAACUACGGAGAGGACGUUAUUGGGAAGCUAAGGAACAGGUUGGAUGACGUCCCAAAAUUUGCCGAACCGUUAGAGGGCACGGCUUUCGAAUAUGGUUUCAACAGUAAGAAACUAGGAGAGAUUUUGAAAUAUUGGCGGUCGGAUUAUCUCGAGAGGUGGGAUGAACGCCAAAAAUAUCUAAAUCGCUUCCCUCAGUUUAAAACGCAAAUUCAAGGAUUGGACAUCCAUUUCCUGCGCGUGAAGCCGGAAGUUCGAAAUCCAAAACGGAUUGUUCCGUUAUUAAUGCUCCACGGUUGGCCUGGUUCGGUGCGAGAGUUUUACGAGAUAAUCCCGAGGCUGGUCGCUCGAAGCGAUGAUAAAGAGUAUGUUUUUGAGGUAAUCGUGCCAAGUUUGCCGGGCUAUGGAUUCAGCCAGGGUGCAUCGAAACAAGGUCUUAGCCCAGCAAAAAUUGCCGUUAUCAUGCGCAACUUGAUGGCCCGUCUCGGGUUCAAAAAGUACUAUGUCCAUGGCGGCGAUUGGGGAUCAGUUAUUGGGAACCUGAUGGCCACUUUCUUCCAGGACGAAGUAUUAGGCGUGCACUUGACCAUGUGCAUGAAUACUGCACCCAUCGGUACUCUGAAGAAUAUUCUUGGAGCAGUUGCCCCAUCUCUGGUCGUAGAAAGUCAAUACAAGGACUUCUACUACCCAUACUUGGAUCGCUUGAAGCUGCUCAUCGCGGAAACUGGCUACAUGCACAUUCAAGCAACCAAACCGGAUACGAUCGGAGCGGUUCUUACCGGAAAUCCCGUAGGACUGGCCACAUACAUCCUCGAGAAGUUUUCGACCUGGACCAAUCCACAGUAUCGAAGCUUAGCGGAUGGAGGACUCGAAAAGUAUUUCACUCUCGACACCCUGCUGGACAAUAUCAUGAUCUAUUAUCUGAGCGACUCCAUCACCACCUCCCAGAGGCUUUACGCCGAAACGUUCAAUGUCAAAGAGCUGUCCCGCGAACUGGAUCGCAUUCCGACGCACGUUCCAGCCGCUUGUGCCAAGUUCCGGUAUGAACUGUUCCAGCAAACCGAUUGGGCCCUCCGGGAUCACUUCCGGAAUCUGAUCCAAAGCAAGCACUAUGACGAUGGAGGCCAUUUUGUGGCCAUGCAACUACCGGACGUCCUUUACGAAGAUAUCGUAGAAUUUGUGAACCGUCUGUACAGACGGGAGGAUCAAUAACAAGGGAACGGCGUGUAGGCUGAAAAAAC